CCUGGCUCCGAAGCCUGCAUUCACCACCCAGCGCCUGGGGACUCGACUUCCAGCGCUGCGCAUCUCUGCCUCUCCGACCACAGCAGAUGAUGUGCGAGGUGAUGCCAACCAUCAGUGAAGCAGAAGGCCCCCCAGGAGGAAGUGGGAGCCAUGGGUCCGGCUCGCCUUCGCAGCCAGAUGCAGAUUCGCAUUUUGAGCAGUUGAUGGUGUCCAUGCUGGAGGAGAAGGACCGCCUUCUUGAGACGCUGAGAGAGACCCAAGAGACACUGGCGUUAACCCAGGGGAAAUUACACGAGGUUGGCCAUGAAAGAGAUUCCUUGCAGAGGCAGCUCAACACUGCACUUCCGCAGGAGUUUGCAGCACUUACUAAAGAGCUCAAUGUGUGCAGGGAGCAGCUGCUUGAGCGGGAAGAAGAAAUUGCUGAACUGAAGGCAGAAAGAAACAACACCAGGCUGCUGCUAGAACAUUUAGAGUGCCUUGUCUCCAGGCACGAGCGGUCUCUCCGGAUGACCGUGGUGAAGAGACAGGCGCAGUCCCCGGCAGGCGUGUCCAGCGAGGUGGAAGUCCUCAAAGCACUCAAGUCAUUGUUUGAGCACCACAAAGCUCUUGAUGAAAAGGUGAGGGAGCGCCUACGAGUAGCACUUGAAAGGUGUAGUUUGCUGGAAGAAGAGCUGGGUGCCACCCACAAAGAGCUGAUGAUUCUUAAAGAACAGAAUAAUCAGAAAAAAACACUGACAGAUGGGGUGCUUGACAUAAAUCAUGAACAAGAAAACACACCCAGCACGAAUGGAAAGAGAUCCUCUGAUGGUUCUUUAAGCCACGAGGAAGACCUUGCUAAAGUGAUGGAGCUGCAGGAAGUCAUAGACAAGCAGGCCCGGGAGCAGAGCCAGAUGAAGGAGCGCCUGGCCGCCCUCUCCACCCACGUGGCGGAGCUGGAGGAGGACCUGGACACGGCCCGGAAGGACCUCAUCAAGUCCGAGGAGGUGAACACGAAGCUGCAGCGAGAUGUGCGGGAGGCCAUGGCGCAGAAGGAAGACAUGGAGGAGCGGAUCAACACCCUGGAGGAGCGCUACCUCGCAGCCCAGCGUGAGGCCACCUCUGUGCACGACCUCAACGACAAGCUGGAAAACGAAAUUGCCAACAAGGACUCUAUGCAUCGACAGACUGAGGAUAAGAACCGCCAGUUGCAGGAGCGCUUGGAGCUGGCGGAGCAGAAGCUGCAGCAGACCCUGCGGAAGGCGGAGACACUCCCUGAGGUGGAGGCUGAGCUGGCCCAACGGGUGGCCGCGCUCUCCAAGUCUGACCUUUUGUCUCCUGGAAGCUCUGCUGCUAAGGAAGCUAAACUGUGCGAACUCACUUCCCAGCUUAGGAAGGCUGAGGAGAGACACGGCAACAUUGAGGAGCAGCUGUGCCAGAUGGAGGCGCAGCUGGAGGAGAAGAACCAGGAGCUGCAGCGGGCACGGCAGAGAGAAAAGAUGAAUGAAGAACAUAAUAAACGCUUAUCAGAAACUGUUGACAGGCUCCUUUCAGAAUCGAAUGAGAGACUUCAGCUUCACCUUAAGGAGAGGAUGGCUGCUCUGGAAGAGAAGAAUUCUCUAGUACGUGAAGUUGAAGAUGCAAAAAAGCAAUUAGAAGAAACUCAACAUGAUAAGAAUCAGCUGGUACUGAACAUCGAAGCUUUGAGGGCUGAACUGAGCCAGAUGCGGCUCAGAGGUGCUUCCCUUCAUCACAGCCGACCCCACUUGGGCAGCGUCCCAGACUUCAGGUUCCCCGUGGCAGACGGUCCCACGGACUCCUACAGCAGCAGCGCGGUGUUGCGGCGCCCCCAGAAAGGCCGCGUGGCAGCGCUGCGGGACGAGCCUUCCAAGGUACAGACUCUGAACGAGCAGGAUUGGGAGCGUGCCCAGCAAGCCAGCGUCCUGGCCAACGUGGCACAGGCGUUUGAGAGCGAUGUCGACCUGUCAGACGGCGAGGAUGAAGGGGACACUCUCUUCAGCUCGUCGGCGCUGCUGUCGCCCAGUGGGCAGGCCGACGCUCAGACGCUGGCCAUGAUGCUGCAGGAGCAGCUGGACGCCAUCAACAAGGAGAUCAGGUUGAUUCAGGAGGAAAAGGAGAGCACGGAGCAGCGGGCCGAGGAGAUCGAAAGCCGAGUUGGCAGUGGGAGCCUGGACAACCUCGGUCGUUUCAGAUCCAUGAGCUCCAUUCCAUAUCCUGCGUCCUCACUCGCGGGCUCCUCCCCUCCAAACAGCGGUCGGUCCACCCCUCGACGCAUCCCGCACAGCCCCGCUCGGGAAGUGGACAGACUAGGCAUCAUGACUCUGCCUAGUGAUUUAAGGAAACAUCGUAGAAAGUUGCCAGCUUCCCGAGAAGAGGUACGAGAUGACAAGACAACGAUAAAAUGUGAAACAUCCCCCCCUCCCUCCCCGAGGUCCCUGCGCUUGGACAGGCUGCACAAAGGAGCCCUGCACACGGUCAGCCACGAAGACAUCCGGGACCUCAGGAACUCGACAGGCUCACAGGAUGGCCCGGUGAGCAACCCCAGCAGCAGUAACAGUAGCCAGGACUCGCUCCACAAAGCCCCCAAGAAGAAGGGCAUCAAGUCCUCCAUCGGCCGCUUGUUUGGCAAGAAGGAAAAGAUGCGCCCUGGGCACAUUGGCAAGGAGGCGCUGGGACAAGCUGGCAUUUCAGAGACAGAAAACGCAUCUCAAGAUGCCUUGGGACUUAGCAAAUUGGGAGGACAGGCUGAGAAAAAUCGCAAACUUCAGAAAAAGCACGAGCUGCUCGAGGAAGCACGGAGACAAGGUCUACCUUUUGCACAAUGGGACGGGCCCACUGUGGUCGUGUGGCUGGAGCUCUGGGUGGGGAUGCCGGCCUGGUAUGUGGCCGCGUGCCGAGCCAACGUGAAGAGCGGGGCCAUCAUGUCGGCCCUGUCGGACACGGAGAUCCAGCGGGAGAUUGGCAUCAGCAACCCUCUGCACCGGCUGAAGCUGCGGCUGGCCAUCCAGGAGAUCAUGUCCCUGACCAGCCCGUCGGCCCCACCCACGUCCAGGACGACCACAGGAAAUGUCUGGUUAACGCACGAAGAGAUGGAGACGCUCACCGCCACGCCACGCACGGAGGAUGAGGAGGGAAGCUGGGCUCAGCAGACGCUGGCGUACGGGGACAUGAACCACGAGUGGAUCGGCAACGAGUGGCUGCCCAGCCUGGGCCUCCCGCAGUACCGCAGCUACUUCAUGGAGUGCCUGGUGGACGCGCGCAUGCUGGACCACCUGACCAAGAAGGACCUGCGGGGGCAGCUGAAGAUGGUCGACAGCUUCCACAGAAACAGUUUCCAGUGCGGAAUUAUGUGCCUGCGAAGGUUAAAUUAUGACCGAAAAGAACUGGAAAGGAAAAGAGAAGAAAGCCAGAAUGAAGUAAAAGAUGUGCUUGUUUGGAGCAACGAUCGCGUGAUUCGCUGGGUCCUGUCUAUUGGUCUAAAAGAAUACGCAAACAACCUCCUGGAGAGCGGGGUGCACGGGGCACUCAUGGCCUUAGAUGAAACCUUCGAUUUCAACGUGCUGGCCCUCCUACUGCAGAUCCCCACGCAGAACACCCAGGCUCGCACUGUCCUGGAGAGAGAGUUUAACAACCUCUUGGUCGUGGGCACCGACAGGCGGUUCAGUGAAGACGAUGAUAAGACCUUUAGGAGAGCACCUUCUUGGAGAAAAAAAUUUAGACCAAAGGACGUUCGUGGCUUAGCUGCUGGAUCAGCAGAGACUCUCCCUGCAAACUUCCGGGUCACCUCCUCCCUGUCCUCGCCCUCCGUGCCACCCAAGAAGAUGCAGCUGGACGGCAGUGUGUCAGGAGCGCAGAGGCUGGAUUCCGCCACAGUCAGGACUUACUCCUGCUGACGCCUCCUGUGCUUACCCACACUACUUCUACAGGUGACUCUGCAGCCGUGAGCCCUGCAGAGACGGCCUUUUAGAACUCGAUGGACUCUUCCGUCUGUCAAUACUUGUUAUAUGGACCUGAGAUAUUUUAUUACAGAGUUUUUAAUCAGUGAAAAUUUCACAAGUACCAUAAAGAAAAUAUUUUAGAAUCUAAUGUUUCUUAUAUUUAUGUAAACUUAUGCCUUCAUUUAUACAGUUACUUACUUUUUCAUGUGUUAUCUGGGCUAUAAAUGUCCUAUCAGACCAAGUCAUGUCCCUAUGUCUAAUUUUAGUCUCUUCAACGAAUGUACUGUAAUGCUUGUAUGUAAAAAUCCUGUGAACAAAUGUAGGGCUUUUGUAAAUUAUGCAUUUACUGUAAUUAUCACUGUUUAAUUUUUUGAUAAUAAGCCACAGCAAAGAAAAGACUUUCACUGGGUCCGUGAAGUUGGCCCGACACCGUGCGGUGGCCUCUCCGAGCUGCACAACAAUCCCUGUGAAAUAGGCAGGCGUUUCCAGCAGUCCCUGUUGGAGUUGAAUGACUGACCUUGCUAUACUUUUCCUAGCAAGAAAUGCUUCCUUCUGCUGCGAGAAUAUGCCUGGGUUAGACAUUUGGACUGAAAGGACGAAUCAGAACACUACGAACUCCUGGGCCCGGCUCAGUGCUUUGUAGCCUCGUCUCUGUGGACUGGAGACGUCUUCGGUGACGGCCAGAGCCGUGAGCUGGGGACAGCUCUCUGCUGGACAAGAAAAAGCAGGUGGGGAGCCUCCGGCUCUGCCCCGGGAAGGCACCGGCACCCCCACACGAGGACCAAUCACGGCGGCCACACGCACAUCGCAGAGACGUGGGUGCAGAGAUGACGCACGGGCUCCUGAGAAUAAUGCUGCGCAACUAAUAAAGGCCUUAUUUUUCUUACUUAGAACAUCGUUUUACAUUUGUUUGUAAACUUGUUUAAAGAAUGGACCCAGUCGUGCAUUUUUUAGGUUUGAUGAUGUAGCCAUUUUGGACGGUCUGAGUAGCCAGGGGCCCUUUUUUAAUGGCACGUGGCACAGCCAGCAGGGGCUGCGUGCGGAUCACGGUGCAUUAUUUAUUCUGCAGCCGCUGCGGAGACAGAAGAUGGCGUGUCCCGACAUUCGCUCUCGGCUCCAAGCGACUUGGACAGUUGGCUGUGGCCCUUCUGUUUUUCUAGUAACCCUUUGUGAACGUCCCUAUUAUGUAACAGUAUGUACAGUCCACUUUGGAACUCUUUUUAUCACAGUGUUAUUUAUUGCUUUCUUUCAAUAAAGCAUUUCCCACUGCCAGUGGGCGUGGGUGGCCUG